AUGGCAUCCACGACCCCAAAUCUAACAGCUCCUUCGGUGAAGCUGAACAGCGGGUACGCCAUGCCGAUCGUGGGGUUUGGGCUAUGGAAAGUCAAUAAAGAGACCUGCGCUGACCAGGUCUACAAUGCCAUCAAGACUGGCUAUCGACUGUUCGAUGGUGCUUGUGACUACGGGAACGAAGAACAAGCCGGACAAGGCGUGGCUCGCGCUAUCAAAGAAGGCAUUGUGAAACGAGAAGACCUCUUCAUUGUCUCAAAGCUCUGGGGCACCUUCCACGAUCCCAAACAUAUCGAACCAGCCUGCCGCCGUCAGUUGUCUCACUGGGGCGUUGACUACUUCGACCUGUUCAUGGUUCACUUCCCUAUCGCUCUAAAAUACGUUGACCCCGCGGUUCGAUAUCCCCCAGAGUGGUGUGCCCCUGGAGAGCAAGCCGAGGCCAGCGAUGUGCCAAUGUACAAGACCUGGGGAGCAAUGGAAGAGCUGGUCGAUAAGAGACUCGUGCGCAGCAUUGGAGUCAGCAACUUUAGCACUCAGUUGCUCAUGGACUUGCUGCGAUAUGCUCGUAUCCGGCCUGCUACUCUGCAGGUAGAGCAUCACCCUUACCUCACCCAAGAAGGCUUGAUCAAAUACGCUCAGGACGAAGGAUUGGCUGUCACAGCCUACUCGUCUCUCGGCCCUCAGAGCUUCAUCGAGUUGGAGAACAAGGCAGCUACGGGGACCAAAUUGCUGCUUGAACAUCCAACCAUCCAAGCUUCUGCCGAGAAGCAUGGAAAGACCCCAGCACAGGUGUUGCUUCGAUGGGCCACUCAAAGGGGCAUAUCUGUUAUUCCAAAGAGCAACAACCCCGAAAGACUGGCGGAGAACCUUGAUGCAACCAGCUUUAACCUUACUACCAACGAAAUUUCAACCAUUAGUGCUCUCAACCAGGGACUACGGUUCAACGACCCUCCAACUUACGGCUGCAACUUUCCAAUCUUUGGAUAA